UCCGCGCGCGGUGAUCGGCGAUCCUCUGUGUGCGCGGCGACCAUAUGUUCUCAAGGACAUGUCGUGUUUUGAGGUGACGUGUUCGGUUAAGCUGUGAUCGCUGGUGUUGUGUUGACUUUUGUUUACGUGUUUGUGAUUUGUGCUGAAGGCGUUUGUGUGUUUGCGGAAUUAAUCAUGGUCCAGUGAGAGGCUGGUGUGGAGGAUACAGCUCGACCAGGAUCUGCUGGACACGCUGGUGGGUAUCUACCCGGAGUGGUUCAACGUGAAGCCGCCCGGAGCAAUGGCUGCGGAGAACGGACCGCCUGCGCCGCCACCGCCGCCGCCCCCGGUGUCGCCGCCCAAGGCAGAGGUCGACGACUCUCCCCUGCAGAAGUCUAUGGACAAAAACAAAGAAUCACUAAAAGUGAAGCUGAUGUUGCGACGGCCGAUCAACCAGCUGGUCGCACAAGGCAUCUUGCCACCGCUGAAGACCCCUCAGGCAUUCCAUGAACAGCGGCAGAAGUUGGAGCGGGCCAAGAUGGGUGACCUGCUCAAGGCCAAGAUACAGCAGAGGCCGGGCCGGGACGAGCUGGUACGGCAACAUAUACUGGAGGACGUGGGCCAUGUGGACCCCUCACUGGCCGAGAGACAGAGAAUGCUCAAGAAGUGUAAGUUGGCUGACUCCCUCAAUGACCAGCUCAGCCACCGACCCGGACCUCUGGAGCUCAUCAAGAAGAAUAUUCUGCACACGGAGGAGCCCAUCGAACGUGCUGUCAAAGAGGGUCAUAUAGAGUUCAAGGCGACGUGUGAGGGCAAGACCAAGCCGACACACCCAGACCACUACAUGACGCUGGACGAUGACAGUCAGUCGUCUGAAGGUGCUCAGUCGCCUGCAGAGCCCCCCUCCUGUACCAGGGAUGUGCUGGAGACAGCGGCAGCACAGGCUGGCAUAGUCACUGUAGUGGUCACCCCUGGUACGCUACUGACCACUGCACCCUCACCUUCCCUCUCACUGUCAUCCCUCUCUCCUCUCUCCUCCAUCAGUUCUCCCCCCUCCACAUCGUCCAUCACCCCCACCACCUCCCGGACACCUCAGCCCACCGUCAGCCUCGCCAGCCCCGCCCCCGGCAAAGAUAAGAACAGGAAGAAGAGCAAGACGAAAACCCAGCCUAAGACGCGGACGAUAAAAUUCCAUGAGUAUAAGGGUCCACCAAAUGCUCAGAAAAACUCUGCAUUAAAUGCCUCAAACGUGGAAACGUCGUAUGAGUUGUUACUACAGCAGCAACAGCUGUUUCUGCAGUGGCAGCUAGAAUGGCAACAUAAGUACCCGCAGAUCAUUCUGCCCGCAGCGCAGAAGUCCCCAGAGCAGUCACAGAACCUGAUCACCGUGACGACGGCCCCGCCUCCCCCGCCAAUGCCUCCACAACCUGACACCAGGCCCCUCAGGAACUUGGAGGACAUGAAAGUGAGUGAUCUCAAGGCAGAACUAAAGCGACGCAAUCUACCUGUCUCAGGGUCCAAGCCGCAGCUGAUAGAGAGGCUCAAGUCUUACAGCGACGUCGGCUCCCACGACAGCGACUCACUGCUGUCCGUGUGUAAUGUGUCACCUCCCUCUGCGGAGGAGGACUGUUACUCGGCCCCACCUACCCCUGCCAGUCCUGCCACUCCCGCUCCGGCCCCCGUCGCCAUGGAGACACAGACAGAGGCCAGUGAGGAGAUCAUACGAGAACAGAAGCGGAGGAUAGAGCAACUACAGAGACAACUGCUGCGGUCGCAACUACAACUGCAACAGUCGCAGUCGCAACAGAGUACAUUCCAGCCACAGCAGUCACUAAAUGCUAAGGCUAACUUGGCAGCGUUCCUUCAACAACAACAACUGAACCAGCUGUUACUGCAGCAGCAGCAGCAGCAGCAACAACAACAACAACAGCAACAACAGACACAGCUGCAGCCUCAACAGCUGAUCAGCAUAAUCAGCAACAACAACAAUAACAACAACAUAAACAACAACAACAACAACAGUAAUAAGCAGAGUAGAACUAACGGACUGGUUGCACACGCGCAGCCUUUGGUGAUCAACAUGAAACCCAGCAAUCAAAGGACGUCGUCUCUGCCAAACUUUGUGGGAACGUUCGUUCAGACAGUUCCUGCGCAGACGAUCGUCCCUGAGCAGACAAUGUCAUUGCAGAUACAACAGCCUCAAGAGGAGAAGCCAGACAUCAACUCCCUCCCCACAUUGCUUCCCCCUCUCUACCACGACGCCACCAAACUGCUCAAGGUCAAACAGGAAGUGGAUGACAUCAAAGGCGUGAAGAGCCAGAUUGUCGACGACGUUUUAGACAUCCUCAUCAAGAACGGAGAGUUGCCUCCGUCAGCUGCCCAGGACCCGUACCCUCCAGGACUAGACCUACGAGAGCUGGGGCUGGACAUGGAACCUCUAGAGGGCAUGGACCUUGGAGACAACCUGCCGUCGUCUGAACUGAUGGACGUAGACACGGAUUGGCUGGAGAAUCUGAUAGAUCCUCCGUUAUCGUCACCUUCCACCAGUCAUCACCACGAGGAACUCUUGUCGGACCCCUUUGACGUCUUCAACACCUUGGACGACCCAGACUUCCGAAUGCUGGACCUGGGCUGGGACCGAGUGGACUUUGCCACGUAACCGCCGAGACGGAGGCCGAGGCGGGAAAGCUAUGGGUCUUAGAGUUAGGAAGUGUCAUUUGAGAAAAAGUUUGAUUCUUCUAUCCUACCUUUACCAUAAAAUUGCCAUAAUGGUACCUAGACAAAUUUCACAGUUGGUGAUACCAUUGACUUUAUGAUACUGAAGUAGACAUCCCAUCUAUAUGGACUUAGUGUAUCCUAUUUUUAUUGAAAAAGAUCAUAAGUUGAGCACUCACUUAGUGUGUUAACUCAAGAUUUUGUUUUCUGCAUUCAUUUUUGUUUUUGUGAUAGUUGACGAGGCAUAGAAGAUUGUGUAGCUCACAAUAUGUCAUCAAAUCAGUUUCAAUUGGUUAAAAGUUGGUGUAGUCAACAGAAAUCAGUAAUUAAAUAACUAAUUCAGCCCAUUCUGUCGGUAGGUCAAUUUAAUUGCGUCCGUUUUUAUUCUAAAAUUGGUGACAAAAUUAACAUGGGGAUGAAAUGUCUAGUUUUGUGAUAGACAGUAAGAGCGCUCGUUACAUAUGUUAAAUAGUUUGAAGGUAGAGCAACUUUGAAUUGUUAUUUAUCUCAACAAAUUUUGUUUUUAUUUGCUAAAGAAUACAUUAAUAAAAUGUUCUAUGAAAUUCUAAAUGGACUCUGUGUAAAUGUUUUGUGUAAAUCGAUCUAAUAGUGUAUUUAAAAUCUGAAACCAUUUGCGCCUUGUUAUUUAGGAUUUAUAAUAUCUUAGAAAUGAGCGAUGAUUAUGGGAAAGCCACCAUCAAACUACCCCCCCCCCCCCCAAUUUCAUAACAUGGCAUUUCAUAAUAUGGUUGUGAGUUUGACAAAGAGUUAUCACUGUAACAAUUGUUUUUCUCAAAUUAACAGUUUUUCAUAUAUAUAAAUAUAUUUAUUUUCUCUUAGAAGAGUUCCUUAUCAAAUUCUAGAUAAAUCACCUAUGGAGUUUGUUAUAAUUAUCUAAGUGUUCCUUAAAGGAUUGAAAAUGUAGUUUAUCAAAUUUACCUUUUAAAAAGAUGGUUUCCUCCAAUUAAAAAUUGCUGGCUUAUUUUUGGUUUAUGUAAUUAAAUUAUUCCUUUGUCAACAAUAUAUCUUGAACAGCAAAUUGUAACAAACUCUCUCUUUGUUUUUGUCAAUUUGUUAAUAACCUAUUUUUGUACUUAAUUUUAUUUUAUACCUUCAGAUAUUUCUAGUCAAGAAUGCAAAAUAUUUUACUUGCUCUCAAUAUAGCGCUGGUAAAACCAAGUAGGUGACUACUAACUAGCCAAUAUUUAAUCCCAAUAAAACAGGAUUGGCUAUUUGUGUGGUGGAAUUUACUAGUUAGAAAUCAAUACUUAUGCAAUGUUAUUGCAGUUUGUUUUUAAUGAGUCUGUUGAUUUUAUUUGAUCUUCAUAUUUUUAUAUCCGAGUUGAUUAUUAUUGUUUAUUUUAUACACAAAUUAAAAUGAUUAUGUUCUUUUUCUUGUUUAUACCUGAAAAAUUAUUACCUAUCCUUGUUAUAAUUAUUUAAAAAUUGUUUGGGUAUUAGGUGAUAGUAAGGAAAUAUGUAAUUUUAAAAAUCAAUUUAUACUUUUGAUCAAUUGUCAAUAUUGUUAAUUUUUCUCACAAAUGUCGUUUAGAACUGUGUUAGCCGACUCAUAGCUUUCCCACGGUGUGAAGUGCCUUUGUGCCACGUUAGAGAUUUGUGGUGUCCUUUUAAAGACUCUCUAUAGAAUUGUUACGUUUCAAUCCUGUAAAAUCGUGUAUAUAUUUUACGCUUACAAGUAACUUAUUAUUGUCCCAAGUGGUCUUUUACAUUGUAUAGCGUCAGAGCUGUUUAGAAAUAGUGAAAUGAUCCUAGCUUUAAAAGUGGUUAGAAAUUCUACUUUGAUUCUUUGCUGAAUUUUUACCAAAUCUUUGAUAACCCUUGUGUUGAAUUUUCGCCAAGGAUUCAUCAGCUCUCUGAACCAAUGUUUUUGGUUUGAACUGUACUUAUUCCAGUCCUCAGUAAUGUGUUGUUUUAUUUUAAGGUGUUGAACAUUCUGUAACUAGUGUCUUAAAAUUUUUGUUUAUGUAAUUAUUUUGAAUUUUUAUAAAAUAAAAAUUUAAUUUUGUAUUUAAUUAGAGAUUGAAAUUUGUAAAAAAAUACACCAAUAGUAUAUAGGUUUCAAUCUUUUUAUUUGAUAAAAUGUAUAUUUUUAGUUUUUCAAUCCGAUUUUGAGAGUAAUUUAAAAUUAAGUGAUCUCAAAAGCAGCUUUUUUAUUUUGAACAUUUAUCAAAGUCAUAAGUAGAUUCAGUUCUGUACUUACAUAGAGUCUUCCCCGCAAUGCUUAUCGAGAGUUUGCAUUGAGUUGUAAUUGUAAGUUUUCUGUUUGUAAAAGACCAAAUUUGCGAUGCAAGAUUAUGUUUGUUGCGACCAUCUUGUUAGCUAUUAACAUUCCAAAACUUAUCUCUAAAUCUAUCAGUCUGAGAGUAAAUUCUCGCCCCAAUUUAAGACCACCUCUCCCUUUUUUAUUUACUGCAAUUUUAACUUUUAUUUUGUUGAAAAUUCUAAAAACAUGUUUGCUACAGAUUAGUUCAGGUCAAACAUGAGAUUUGCUUUUUGUAGUUACAUAUGUUUUUGUUUCUCAAAAAAAUUAUGAUUAAUUCACGUUUAACUUUUUUUGUCAGUUAAAAAACUCACCUAACCGAUACCUUAAAAAGAUUUAUAAUGAUCCCUCUUCAAGCAAUCAAUGUAUUUACAAAGAAAAUGUGAACUUAGAUUCUAAAUUGAAAACAAAAAUUUAACAAUCUUUUGUGUUGUAUAUAUUUUAAAAUGCACUUUAUAAGGAAGGGAAAUUAUGGUUUGGUCUAUUGGCUGCACUGCCAACGCAACAGACUAGGGACCAGAUCCAAUGUACUGAAACCGCAUAAGGGUACAGAUUAGUUCCGCAGUUGGUACUACUGCUUUGGGCCAAAUAGUUUAACUUUUCCGUUGUGUUAUGAUGCUUGGUUAUAAAACCAAUGUUAAAGUUUUAUUAGCUGUACAGUAUAAGAAGAAUUGUAAAAAGUGUGGUUUGAAUAUUUGUAAAUAUACUACUUUGCCAAUA